CCUCUGCGCUCCUUCUGCUUUUUGUUGACAUUUUUUUCAAAAACAAAUAUAAACAAUCCGUCGACUUCAAAGGGAAAUUUGUUAAAAACUCACGUCAAAACUUAGACUCCGGCAGCCUCAUACCCGUUUUUGUGACUAUGGAAAUUGUCAAUCCAAGCUGCGCUCUGAUGUCCAAUUUCGAGGUGAUGGAAGCUCUUCGAACGAUUGGUGAUACAAAAAAGAAAUUCGGGUUGAGGAACCUUGCGACAAUCAGUUAUGAGACACUUCGAUUUUUGGAAGAAGGAUCCUGCCGCACCCAAACGAAACACAACAUUUUGCAGUUCAUGCAAGCCGUCAAACCGUUCAAUUUAACGAAAAGUGAAUGUUUGAUGAUGGUCAACGAUCCACCGUCAUCGGCGCUGCACAUCCAGUUACAGAUCGAAGACAGUGAGGAACGGUUAUCGGAAGAUCAAGUGAACGAAUUGAUUAGAAUCGCUCAGCAAUGGUUGGUUGCCAGUGAGGAAGAAUGAUUUUGCUAAGACUACUUAUUUGAAUAAAAAGGGGAUAAGACAAGGAUGCCAAAUAAAAAUCCAGGUGCGCGUUGACGUUGACAGAAUGUUAUUUUUCUUACAUUUUAAGAAUUGAAUUUUAUAAAAAAAUCACAAUAAAUUAUAAAUCAAUCAAA